AUGAAAAGAAGGGUGAAAAAAGGUGUUAAAACUACGAAAUCAGAUGAAUUUGAAGGCUAUCAUUAUUUACCUUCAUCUAUAUCGUCCUCUGAUACUUUAGAAGACAUGGAUUGUAUGUUUUCUUCCAGCUUUUCUGAUGUUUUAGAACGAAGGAGUUUUUCUGAAGAAAUACUUUUUAUUGGAAAAAAGUUUGAAAAGUCAAAAAUAACAGACUGUGUAUUUGAAAAUAAAUGUAAACCAUCAGGAGGCCUCCAAAACAUUAAAAAGGUUGGGCUUAAAUGUAAUUUUGAUGGAAAUGCGAAAGAAUUAAAUUUGAAUAAAACGAAAAGACGUUAUAAACUCUGUAAUGAUAUGGAGUUAGAUUAUGUCUGGAACAUAAUUGAUCAUGAAAAUUUAAACUAUAAUGAUUUUUUAAAAGAAUGUGAUUCGAAUUCGUUAUUUCUAGAUAAUGAUAUAGUAGUUGAAAGUGGUGAAGAUAUAUGUGAAAAAAUGCACUAUAAUAUAUAUAAUCGGUUUAAACCUGAUUUUAAUGUUUUUUCAAAAUUAAAUUGCCGAGGCUGGAAAAAUGGUUAUAAAACAUCUUAUAUGAAUAAAAAUUUUAAAGAGAAUUAUGACUUUGAAGACGAAAAUUAUCAUUUUUUUCAUAUGUUAAAUAAUUUGAAAAAUUUGGAAAAAAAUACUACAAAAAGACGCCAAAAGAUAUAUCAAAGGAAAUAUUUAGAACAGAAUAUUAAAGCGAAAAAAAAUGAAAAUAGGAAAAAUACUAAGACAGGACGGACUCUUAGAGAAUUACUUUUAAAGGUUAACAAUAUAGUGUGUCAAUUUAUAUCUGACUCUGACCUUAUGGAACUCGAUCUUAUCUCUAUGGACUCUCAAGCUCGCAGAUGGAUCCAUAUGUUGGCAAAUGCAUACGGUAUUGGUUCAAAAUCAUUCGGAACUGAGAGAUCCCGACAUGUUAUUUUAUAUAAAACUACUAAAAUUCAUGAUAAUUAUUCUAAACAACACGUUAAUAGGGUUUUACAAAGUCUUAAUCAUAACCAAUAUAAUCGUAAAGUAUCCCAAAGGAAAGACCCUAAUAAGUCGAGAAAUAAUACUAGCAAAAAUUCUAAUAGAAAUGGAAAUAGAUAUCAUGAUGGGGAUAUUGUUGCCAAAAAUGUUCCUGAAAUAGAUAAAAACAAUAGAGGAAGAAUAAUGUUGGAAAAGCUAGGAUGGAUUGCAGGGAAUGGGUUAGGUGCGCCUGAUAAUAAAGGAAUUGAAGUGCCUAUAGUGGCUAUAAUUAAAACAACUAAAUCGGGACUUAGAUAG